GGCUUGUUAUUAUUAUCACCAUCCAAUUAUGUUUGGUCAUAUUCUUAGUGAUGGCACCUGGUUUUGAAAGUGAUUUGUGGACAUGAUCAACCGUUAUUGUGUAUUGAAUCUAUUACCCUCAGAACAGUUUAUUACAACUGUCACAUAUUUAUUAAAAUUCAUUGAUAUUAAUUGAUAUUCAGAGAGAAUAUAUUACGUAUGGUGUGUUGUUUUGAAUUUGCUGUGUACUGCAAUUUAUAAAGAAAAUCCUUCCCAGAAGAUUUCUACAAUGAAUAUCAAUUACAACGAAGAAACAUAUAGACAAAUGCUGGCCUGUUUUCGGACUAAUGAUUUACAAAACUUAUUAGGUGCAUUUGGUCGUAAUAAAGCUGGACGAAAAGCUGAGUUGAAAGAUCGUGCACUUGAUUUAUUACGGAAUAGACCAUUGACCUUUAAUUUUCAAGCAUAUUUAGCAAAAAUUUCUGAGAUUUAUCGUUCUAUGCAAAUUGAUGUACCAAAUUCUAAUAUAAUGCAAAAUGCAAUGCAACGAGCUAAUAUGAUGAAUAUGGGUGUGCAGGAUAAUCAACAAAGAUUUUUUCCACCUCCUCCACAGUAUAACCAAUCAACAAUACAUAUGGCGCGAGCUGGUUUACCCCAAGCUAUGCCCCAAGUUCAAAGAAGCAUGUAUGGAAACAAUAAUUACCCGUACGGUUAUCAGCAAAAUGCUCCUCGUAGAAUAAUAAGUCAAGCACCAAUAAAUCAGUCAAUGCAUGUAGCUACAGCAGAUCCAAUGGGAUUUGAUUUGAAUGCAUUAAAUCCUGGGAACAAUAAUUCUUUGGGUGGACCACCACCCGUUCAAUCUCUAGCCAAUAUCAAGUUAAAGAAAUUACCAUUUUAUGAAAUAAUUGGGGAAAUAAUUAAGCCAACCAUUCUAAUUGGCCAAGAGAGAUGUUCAUUGCAAAAUGUAACAAGAGGUAUGAGAGAAGCAGUAUUCAAAUUUAUCUUGUCUCCUGAGCAAGCAACUCUAAUUGGAAUGAAUCGUGAUGUUUCAAAUCUAUCAAAAGUUGAAUAUAUUUAUUUAGUACAAAUUCGAAUCUGUCUUCUUGAGCCAGGAGCUACUGAAAUAACUGAUUUUUUGCCUCUUGGACUUCACAUUCGAAUAAAUAAUAAAGCUUGUCAGUUACCACCAUCUGCUCCUAAUGUUCGACCAGGAACUGAAGCUAGACGAUCACCAAGACCUAUCAGUAUUUCUCAUGGUCUCAAACUUAAUCCAAGUAUUGCUAAUACAAUUGUCGUAAAUUGGACUCCAGAUGGGAAGAAUUAUGUUUUUGGAUUGAACUUUGUAAAAAAAUUGAGUUCAGAAGUUUUGUUGGAGAGACUUAUAGAGAAAGGGGCCAGAAGUUCUAAGGAAACAAAAGACUAUAUUAUCAAAAAGUUGGCUGAUGUUGAUCCUGAUUUAGCUACUACAUCUUAUCGUUUUUCUCUGUUGUGUCCCUUGGGAAAGAUGAGAAUGAAGAUGCCUGCAAAAUCUGUUAAUUGUGAUCAUUUACAAUGCUUUGACGCGAGUAUAUAUAUUUUAAUGAAUGAAAAAAAACCAACAUGGUUAUGCCCAACUUGUAAUAAAUCUUGUGUGUAUGAUGACAUUCAAAUUGAAAAUUAUUUUUUGGAAGUGGUUACAAAUCCUAAUCUUUCUGAGAGUAGUAAAGAAAUUGAAAUAUUAGCUGAUGGUACAUGGAGAAUAUAUGAAGAGAAAAAAGAUACAGAAAUGUCUCCUGAAGUUAAAGAAGCCCCUAUAGACUCAGUUAAUAUAGAUGAUAGUGAUGAAGAAACUGUUGAACUAAAAAAAGAAACUAAACCAGAAAGCUCUAAAGAGCCAGAAAACUUGAAAUCAUCUUUUGUUGACUUAACAUUAAGUGAUGAUGAGGAACCACAUAAUGAAAAAGAAAAACAGGAAAACGAGGCUCAGGCCGCUGAUGCUGCACAGUCAGCUGCUGUUGUAGAUUUAAAACCACAGUUUCAAGUACAGCCACAACAAGCUGUUACCAGUUCAGAGCAAGGAGUAGUUAUUGAAAUUGAUAGCCCUUCACCUCCUGUAAGUCCUACGCCUACAACAUCAGCUUCCUAAUUCAUAUAUAUUUUAUAAUUGUAGUUUACUUUUAAUUUUUAAUUUUUCAUGUUUUUAAGUUGAAAUUGCUUAA